AUGAAGGUUGAAGUUGAUUCAUUUUCUGGUGCCAAGAUCUACCCAGGUAGAGGUACUCUAUUCGUCCGUGGUGAUUCCAAGAUUUUCAGAUUCCAAAACUCUAAAUCUGCUUCUCUAUUCAAGCAAAGAAAGAACCCAAGAAGAGUCGCUUGGACUGUUCUUUACAGAAGACACCACAAGAAAGGUAUUACUGAAGAAGUUGCCAAGAAGAGAUCCAGAAAGACCGUCAAGGCUCAAAGAGCUAUUGUUGGUGCUUCUCUAGAUUUAAUCAAGGAAAGAAGAUCCAUCAAGCCAGAAGUUAGAAAGGCCAAGAGAGAUGAAAAGAAGUCUGCUGACAAGGAAAAGAAGAAGGCUGACAAGGCUGCCAGAAAGGUAGAAAAGGCUAAGCAAGCUGGUUCUCAAGGUUCUAAGAUGUCCAAGCAACAAGCUAAGGGUGCUUUCCAAAAGGUCGCUGCUACCUCUCGUUAA